AUGCAAGAGCUUCUCCUGAUGGACAAUGCGGCGGUGCUGUCGCGGCGGCUCGUCAGCAGCGGGCAUCUUGCAACGCUGCGCCUUUUCCGCCGACGGACGCUCUUCGCCAACACGCAGAACGACCUGGUGGUUGGAUUUGCAACGUCUUCUUUGCUGUUCGACGAUGCGCAGGGCGACAAGGUCUGCGUCUUUGGUGCCACGCCGCGAGCCCUCCCGUGCACCGCCGCCGCCUUUUCGGACGACCGUAGUGCGUGGUCGACAGUUGUGCAUCUCCCGCGACUGCACGACAGUGAGACGGCGGCAGCGCUGUCACACACGAUCCGCGAUCUGCGGCAAGGAGGCUGGGGUGAGGAGCAGGCGCAGAAAAAAGAGCUGGCGUCCCCUACUCAUCUCUCGCCGCACGCCAUUGCUGCAGCGUUGCGGCAGGAGCUUGACUGGCGCGUCGUGGCGUUGCGGUAUACCAGUGUGUGGCCAGUGGCCCACUUGGAGUGUCUGGGCAUGCUUCGGCAGUAUAGUGCCGCGCCCGAGAUGGUGCAACGUGUUGCGCAGGAAGUUUUGGAACUGCAUUAG